AUGCCUGCCCUUUCCCCGACAAUGACCGAGGGCAAUAUUGCGACCUGGAAGAUCAAGGAGGGCGAUUCAUUCUCCGCCGGCGAUGUCCUGCUCGAGAUCGAGACCGAUAAGGCACAGAUGGACGUCGAGGCUCAGGAUGAUGGUAUUCUGGCAAAGAUCACCGUCGGAGAUGGAUCAAAGGCAGUCAAGGUUGGCACACGGAUAGCCGUCACCGCGGAGCCUGGAGACGACUUGAGUUCGCUCGAGAUGCCCGCCGAAGACAGCCCCGCGCCAAAGAAGGAGGCCGAGGCCCCCAAGGAACAACCCAAGCAAUCUGCGCCAGUACCCAAGGAGGAGCGGACAUCUGCACCACCCGCAAAGUCGGACGCUUCAAGCAAGGCCUCGAGCGCCAAGGCUACAAAGCAGACCUACCCACUAUACCCCUCUGUACAGCAUCUCUUGGAAGUAAACGGUCUGCCCAAGGAGGAAGCCGACAAGAUUCCCGCUACUGGACCCAACGGCAGGCUACUCAAGGGAGAUGUGCUAGCAUACAUUGGCAAGAUUGAGAAGUCCUACCCAUCAGAACUCGCCGGUCGCUUCUCCAAGCUUUCCCACCUUGACCUGAGCAACAUCAAGCCCAUGGCCAAGAAGGAGGCACCAAAGAAGCCUGCAGCUGAAGCACCCAAGGUUGUCGAGGACUUGCCCGUUGAGCUGGCCAUGCCCAUCUCUCUGAAAGCCGUCAUGGAGUGCCAAAAGCGCGUCAAGGACUCAAUAGGCGUCUUCCUCCCCCUAUCCACCUUUGUCGCUCGUGCAGCCGAGCUCGCGAACGAAGAUCUUCCCAAGUCCAAGACGGCCAAGCCAUCAGCAGACGAGCUCUUCAACGCUGUCCUUGGUCUCGACAAGGUCUCCGCAAAGUACUCCCAGGGCAACUUCUUCCCCCAAAUAACCGCACUUCCCCCCACCAAUCUCUCUGCUCAGCCCCCUGCGCCAAAGAAGUCCGACAUUUUGGAUAUUCUCGCCGGCAAGAAGCCCAGCCCGCCUAAGCGAUCUACCUUUAGCGGAGCAGCAGGCGUCGCAAGCCCCCUCAACAUCUUCAGCAUCAGCGUACCAAAGGGCGACGAGAAGCGCGGCCAAGUCUUCCUCGAGCGCGUCAAGGCUGUACUCGAAGUCGAGCCAGGCCGAUUGGUUGUGUAA